CUACUGAGUUUGUGAUGAGUGAUGUGGUGCAGCUCUUCGCUUAGGAUUUUCUGGUUUCAAGAUUAUGGGGGAGAGUUCUGGUGACAUGGAUCGAAUCUCGGAUUUACCUUCUUUUAUUGCUCAUCGCAUUAUGUGUUCUCUCUCCACAAAAGAGGUAGCUCAAACUAGUGUGUUGUCAAAGAGAUGGAAAUAUUUAAAGGAUUCAUUUCCUAUCUUGGAUUUCAAUGAAAAUUAUUUCUUUGGAGUGGAAUUUGAAACGGAGAUGGAAAGUUUUGAAAAGUUUUGUGAACGUUUGAAGAAUUUCAUCAAAUUUGUUGAUGAUUCCCUGUUUCGGUUCUGUAAACUUCAGCUUUGUAUGCAUGCAUUUAGGCUAUCCAUAAGCUUUGAUGAUGUGAACGAAUUGCCUGCUUCUCUUGACAAGUGGAUAGGAUUGGCUGUGCAAAAUUGUGUCAAAGAAAUGGAUCUUAACCUCAGACCAACUAGAAGUUAUAGGUAUAAUUUACCUCAAGCAAUCUUUUAUGCUAAAUCUGUGACAAGUUUAAAACUACAUGGGUGUAAGAUGGAGCAGCUUUUUGGUUCUAUGAGGUUACAUUCUCUCAGAAAGCUAAUUCUCUAUGAUAUCCAUACAAAUGAAGAGAUGAUUCAAAGGGUUGUUAGUGAUUGCCGUAUGCUUGAGGAAUUGAGUUUUAUCUUUUGUAGGGGUUUGAAAUGUUAUUGUAUAAUCUCUAGACUUCUCAAACUCAAGAUUAUAAGGAUCUACUCUCCCCCAAAUGAGGUUGAAAGAAUCACAAUAUGUGUUCCAAGUCUUCAAGAAUUUGCGCUUUUAUUUGAUCGGCAACGAAUGCCAUGUAUGAUUAACAUGUAUGAUUGUCAUCGUUUGAGUGAUUUACACUUAGGGGGUGCCUUUUUUAAGGACAUGCAAUUCCAUGACCUUAUUUCAAGAUUUCCUUUGCUCGAGAAUUUGCGCGUUGAAUGUUGUCACUCCCUAGAAAAGGUUACUGUUGCAAGUAAUCAACUUAAGAACUUGCGCUUUGGCGGUUGUUCUAAAUUGAGGGAGAUUGAUAUUUAUGCUCCAAAUUUACGCAGUUUCUCUUAUGUGAAUAAUCCAAUUCCCGUAUCUUCGAUAAAUGCUCCUUGCCGAUGGAGAGUUGGAUUCUUAAAUGGAAGUGAUCCUGACACCCAAUGGUACAUUAGCAUGAAGGAAUUUCUUGGAGUUUCCAAUCAAAUUGAAGAUUUGAUCUUAUAUUUCACAUCAAGGAAGCACUUUUUCAGUUUAGAAGAAUUCCAAGAACAUUUGCCCUGGCUACCAUUUGUAGUUGGAAAUUUAUCUCUAUAUACACAUGCAUUACUAUCAUCAGAUUAUGGAGCUUUGUUGGAUGGCGUUCUAUGUCUUUGUCAUCCUAAAAGUUUGUCUGUGAUAACAUGGGGGCGCGAGCAAAACAAAUUCAUUAAGUGGCUGAAUGAAGAAUUGACAAAUAAAGAUGCGAAAUGUUGCAAUGCUCGUGAUAUCAAAUGUUGGCGACAUUACUUACAAGGUUUUAAGAUCGAGAGUUUCUCAAAAUUGGAAGAUUAUAAGCCUAUUCGCAUAGAUAACACUGAUGUGUUGCCUAACCUUCCGCAAGGAACUCUUCGCUUUCGACUAGAUUGGUGUUAUCCAAUACUUGCGAAGAAUCCUUGAGAUAUUGUUUCAUGAAGCUAUCUUUGUUGAAGAUUGAAACUUUUGUAGAAAUGUUUUGCAAACUUUAUU